AAAACGCAGGUAAGGGGAAGAAGCAGAAAGACUAACAGCUUACACAGUUUAAACGCUAUUCUUAACAAGAAUAAUGCUAUCCUUGCGCCUCGCUAUUCCAACCGUCAACACUCUAUCUCCUCCCAAGCCUAAACCGAAGUCUGGUUUAGUUCAAACCGCCAGUAACCAAACAGAGAUUUUUCCUUCUCGGGUUUCUGUUCCAAAGCGUUAUGGUUAUAAGCUGCAAGCAGCUACCACGGACGUAGCGAAUGAGGAGAUUUCUGUGGCGGGAGAGUUCUCGGAGGAGGAGGAGGAGCUGCCGGAAGGGCUUAAUAAAGAGUUGAUGCCGAAGCACGUGGCGGUGAUCAUGGAUGGAAAUGGGCGGUGGGCUCGCCAGCGGGGAUUGCCGACUUCGGCUGGGCAUGAAGCCGGUGUGAGGUCGCUGAGGGAGCUCGUCGAGCUAUGUUGUCGGUGGGGAAUUCAGGUUCUCACUGUCUUCGCCUUCUCUUAUGAGAACUGGAUUCGGCCUAAGGUGGAGGUUGACUUUUUGCUGAGUUUAUUUGAAAGAACGUUGAAGUCAGAGCUGGAUACUACCUCUAGUUUCAACAGGGGAGGCAUUCGAAUAUCUGUGAUCGGGGAUUCCUCAAAGCUUCCCGCAUCAUUGCAGGAGCUGAUCCAUGACGUAGAGGAGACCACGAAAGACAACUCCAGACUCCAACUCAUCGUGGCAGUCAGCUACAGUGGGAAAUACGAUGUUGUACAAGCAUGCAGAAGCAUUGCUGAGAAAGCAAAACAUGGCAAUAUUCAACUGGAAGACAUCAACGAAAGCCUAAUUGAGCAAGAAUUGGAAACAAACUGCACAGAGUUUCCCUACCCGGAUUUGUUAAUUAGAACCAGCGGUGAACUUAGAGUCAGUAACUUUUUACUCUGGCAGUUGGCCUACACAGAGCUCGUCUUCGUCCAACAACUCUGGCCUGAUUUUGGAAAGGAUGAGUUCGUAGAGGCUUUAACUUCAUACCAGCAGAGACAGAGACGCUAUGGUGGAAGACAUUCAUAAGCAUGAGGCAGUUCAUAAACAACAACAGCUGAUAACAAAAGUAUAGCCUCUAAAAGGCGGAGACCCCAAGUACCAAAUUCAAUUUUAUUAUACAUAUACAGGAAUAGUUAUACCAAUAUGUAAAGCUCUCUUCAGAAAAAAAAAAUCAACAUCAAGAAAUUUUAUGUAUAACCUGAUAUGUCAUGGCUUCUCAAAUUUUAUAUACAUCUUUAAA